AUGCCACCUGCUGUUGACGCCAUUGAGAAUGGUUGUCAAACUACUGAGAUAAAUAUCUUCCCAUUACGUAUGUUCCAUCUAUCUCUUCUCUUCUUCAAUCUUGAAAGCCAACUAAGGAUUACUCCGUGGGUAGAUAUAUCCGAACUCAGUGCAGAAACCGUCGCUCCUACGGUCGCUAGCCAUGAGGAAUUUUUUCUUUGUGCCUCUCGGUAUUUUCUCUCAAAUGCCGAUGGGCUCGAAAAUGGCCUACAGGACGGAAAAUCAUCCCGUGAGGCCUUCCUUCAAAGUCUCAAUCUGUCACACAACGGUCUUGAAGAGAACAAGUGGAAAUUUGCUGGGAGAUAUGGAUUAUUAAAGGAUUUCCAAGGCGUAUACAAGGUUGGUUUGAGGCAAGCUGCAAUUGUAGAAAGAGAAUUCGGCAGCGAGGGUUUGGUGUCCCGGAUGGAAGGUCUAAAGCAGUCACUUGGGGUUACCAUGGCUGCAGACUUCAAUUGGAUUCUCGCUGAGAUGAUGAAGCGAGCGAGGCCUCACAAUUGUGCCCAAGUAUUUGCAUCAGCUUUGAGGCAGGCACUUCAAGAGUUUUUUGAUUAA